CAGACUGAAGUGUUGUUCUUAUCGCCGCCAGCAUGAACCCCAUGUCCGGUCACGUCUCCCCGCCCGAGGGGGACGCCUCCCUUCCCCGUAAACGCCCCCGACCGGUGGUGUCGUGCUUGCGCUGUCGCAAGAAGAAGCUCAAAUGUGACCGGGUGCUACCGUGCGAGAACUGCUCCAAGGCCGGCUGUCCUACCAACUGUGUCUUUCACCCUGAUGGCCUCGAUGGGCUGUCCGAUCAGCCCAGCUCCAAGCGCGUGCCGCGGGGACAUCCCGCCGACCCUCCGCUUUCCGCCGACCCCCGGACGGACUCGGUCAGGCCGCCAGGCAUCGGUCUCCUCGAGGACUUUCAGCAACGCUUGGCCCGCGUCGAGGAGUUCCUCUCGCUCAACCCCCUCCGGCCGUCUUCCGGCCCGCUCACGGAGUUGCCCGCCCGCGAGCCAACCUCCCCGACCCGCCAAGCUACCCCGGAUACCCCUGCGCCCCCGUAUCCGGGCACCCUGGUGGUCAAAGGCAAGGGGACGCGCUCUCGCUACCACGGGCAAAACAAUCGCACCACCUUGUUGCAUCAGUUUUCCGAGGCCCGCGAGUUCAUUGAACGCUGCACCCGCGACUCCGCCAUCCUGGGUUUGGCCAAGGAGGUGCAAUUUCUCCAGAGCAAAUCCAAACUGCCCAUGAGCUCGCCGGAGUCGAUGCCCGAUCUGGAUUAUUCGCCGGAGCUGCUACAGAUGCAGGCAUCGUUGCCGCCUCAAGCCGUGUGUGACCGACUGGUGAAUCUGUAUACAACCAACUUUGAGCGCACCCUCCGCAUGCUGCAUGUGCCGACCUUUCUCCGCCAGUAUGCCGACUUUUGGGCCACGCCCGCCACGGACCGGGAGCGCUCCAAUACCUUUCUUCCCCAGCUGACUGCCGUGCUGGCCGCGGCACUUCCGUUGGAGGAUCCGAACUUUCGCCUGGAGUAUGCAUCCGUGUGGGAAUACCUGCAGACGCCUGCUGUGAACCUCGUGCGCGUGUGGUUGCAGAAGCUCGGCCGCAAGCAGCGCACGGAGUUGGUGUCGUUGCAGAUUGAGGCUCUUGUCAUCCUGGCCCGACGGUUACGGCUGCCCUCGCAGGAAGAGCUGUGGCGCGCUACUGGUACGCUCGUGCGCUCUGCCAUGGUCGUAGGGCUGCAUCUGGACCUGGCGGGGAAUAAGGAGCUGUCCGUCUUUCAGAUCGAAGUGCGACGGCGCUUGUGGAUCACCAUUGUGGAGAUGGACCUGCAGACCUCGAUUGCAUCUGGCAUGCCGGUGACCAUUCCCGACCUGGACUUUGAACCGCUCAUCCCGAGCAAUCUGAAUGAUGUGGAUUUUGACGAGUCGAUGACGGAGCUGCCACCGGCCAAACCCACCCACGAGUGGACCGACACUCUGGCGCAGAUCACCUUGGCCGCCACGUUACCGCAACGGAUUCGGGCCAUGUCGCUGGUGCGGACGUCCAGCCCGGGGCUGGAUCUGACCGAGAUUGUCAAGCAGGGGCGCCGCGUGGAGGAAUGUCUCCGACAGAUUCCUGCCCCGUUGAAGCUGGAUCCGGCUCCGAUUCAUGGAGAGACCCCGGGGCCCGCCCUGUUGUUGAAUCGCGUGCUACUGGACGUGUACAUGCGUCGACCGUUGUUGUGCCUCUACCGGCCUAUUGUCAUGGGCGACACUCGCGAGGACCCGCUGUUCCUGGAGAUUGAACAAGCGUGUUUGGAAUCGUCGCUAGUCGUGUUGUCUUAUCAAGAUUACUUUGACCCGAACGUGGCGGACCUGGACGUCUUCAAGUCAACAGCGUACUGGGACGUCUUUCAGCUGUUCUGCAAGAACGAUAUUCCAUGGGCGGCGCUGAGCGUGUGCGGCUAUAUGAAGCAGUCCAACCAACAGCAUUCCACCGGCCAGACACCGAUGCAGCCCACAUCAUUCCCUCCGAGUAUCCCGACGGCCACACACACCAAGGCCAGUCUCACGCGCGUGGUGGAGAACACACUGGACGGGCUAACACGGACAAUUGGCGAAACAGGCAGCAACAUCAAAGACGUGCUGCUGUUGGCAGUGGUGCUGCAAUCCGUGCGGGCGCGCGGUUCCGCCGAGCUCAAGGAGCGCUGGAUGCAGCAGGGAGCCGUCAAAGCGUUGUCAGCAUGUCGACAACACUUACUCCCGUCGGUAGCGCAGCAGUCAUUUGCCUUUAAUCUCGCAGAUUUUGCCCAAAUGCUCCAAACGACGCAGCCGAUCUUCCCGACAACCACCGAUCCAGGCUACACGCCCGGCACGCAGCCGCAGCUGCCGGACUUUCUGGCGGAAUCGUCGGCCCUGGCGACGGAGUUUAAUAACUUUCAUGAAGAUCCAUUUGCCUUGGAGGAUGGGUCGUUUGCAUGGAAUAUGUAAGCAUGUGCAUUGCUGAGCAAUAGAUGUAUUAUAC